AUGUUCAGAACUUCUAGAGAUGAACUAUUUACCCAACUCCUUGGUGGGCUUGAGAAAGUACGGUAUUUCAAUAACACGCCUGAAGGAGAUGAUGAUCCUGCUCAGCUGGAAAAAGCAACAAAGAUAUUUCAUGAUGCUAUCAAUGAAAUGGAGAAGUCGGGAUGCCAGACGUUUGAUGUGAAAAACUUGGCGGAGACACUGAAGUGCCAAGGUAACAAGGCGAUGCAGUCCCAGCUUUAUCUGGAUGCAGUCGAGCAUUAUUCUUUUGCAAUUGCGCUAUCGGAUAAGAACGCGGUUUUCUACUGCAACAGGGCGGCUGCAUAUACCCAGAUCAACAGGUGCUCAGAAGCAAUCAAGGACUGUCUUAAAUCCAUUGAGAUUGAUCCAAAUUAUAGUAAGGCGUACAGUCGUCUCGGGUUAGCAUAUUAUGCUCAAGGAAAGUAUGUCGAUGCUAUCGAGAAAGGAUUUAGGAAAGAGCAGAAUCACAAUCAAGAACCGGAAAUGCGAGGCCAGGGAAUGCCAUCUCAGUUCUCCGACUUUUUGAACACGCCUAUAGACGCCGAUUUUAUUAACAUGUUCUUGAACAUGGCCGAUGGGAAUCAUUCUCGCAAUAACGAGGGAGGAGGAGAAGGAGAUGGUAACAGAAAUGGUACGGAUGAGCCUGAGAUUCAUGUAGGCGGAAAUAUCAACAUCGAUAUUGGAGGUGCGGAUCAAAUGCCCGAAGAGUUUUCAGGUGCAUUAAGAUCAAUGAUGCAGAUGUUUGGAGAAGGAUCACAGGAAGGUACUACUGGUAACAAUAACCCUCAAGGUACUAAUGGUGCACAUGGAAGACCACCGUCUGGAAAUUAA